AUGUUCUCCCGAAAUGCAUUUCUUGUUGAUAUCACGAGAGAGCCAGAUGGGAGGGUUUUAAGGCUCGAUUCGAUCAGUAGUAGCAAAAUUUGGGAUGGAAUGGACGUAUUGAUCUUCAACUCAUGGCAUUGGUGGCUUCACACCGGGAGACAACAACCUUGGGACCUGAUUAGGUAUGGAAAUUCAACUGUGAAAGACAUGAAUCGUUUGUUUGCCUACGAGAAAGCUCUUCAAACAUGGGCAAAAUGGAUAGAUUCCCAUGUAGAUCCAACAAAGACCAAAGUAUUCUUUCAAGGUGUCUCUCCAGAUCAUGCAAGCGAGCAAGAGAUUGAUUCUUGUAUGGGAAAAACACGACCGUUGAAAUAUUUGAGUCGUCCUCAUCCAGCAGAAUUGGUGCUGGAAAAAAUUCUAAGAGCAGUGUCCAAACCAGUUUAUUUACUAAACAUAACUGAAUUGUCUGAUCUAAGAAUAGAUGGACAUCCUUCUGUUUAUGGCAGUGGAGGACACACUUUUGAGGAUUGCAGCCAUUGGUGUCUUGCAGGAGUUCCAGAUACUUGGAAUGAACUCUUGUAUGCAGCCCUAGUUGAGAACUAG